CUUCUGCGUCGUUCGAUCCAGCAAACCGCGGGUGAAUUCGACCGGACGCCUUGUCGUUGUUAUCAGCCAGCAGUGUUUUGUCCCGAUGCAGGGGUCAGCCUGUUCUGCUCCCGUAUCUGUGCCUGUUGUGCGACUCCAGCAGCGCACCCUUACACAUCCAAAAAGGAAAGCGACGACUCGGGCAGCCGAAGGAAGUGUCGUGCAUGAAGCACGAAUAUAAUGAGACAAGGUGCGCCAGCCACACGUGUCGACGCUACUGGAUCUCCUGGCUCUUGCUCGACUCAUACCACAUCAUCAACAACGCCAUACUUUGACGAGUUGCAGUCGCCGCUGUGACGGGCAAUUGGGCCUCAUGGACAGUCAGCCGCAGACCCAGCCCGGAGACGACUCCCGCUUCUCGCCGAUCUACGAGGAUGAUCACGCAGGCUACAUCUGGAUCGUGGGCAUCAUAGCCCUCAUCUACAGUCUCUCUGCGACAAUUGCACGAGUGUUUGUCAAGUUCCGCCUCUUUGGGACGGACGACUAUCUUCUUGUUGCUUCGACUGUUCUCCACGUUGCGCAGUCGAUUGCUGUGUUUGCUGGAGUCAGCGGCGGAUUGGGAAAGUUCAACUCCAUCACGACGCCCGAGCAGUGGGCCUCGGCUGGGAAAGCGUACUACGCGGCCGAUGUCUUCUUAUUUCUCGCGCUCUGUCUUUCAAAAUGCUCGAUCCUGGGAUUGAUCCUCCGCGUGGUCGAGAGUAAGACGAGCAUCAUGCGACGUCUCUGCCUCGCAACCAUUGGUCUCAGCCUGCUAUGGGGGGUCCUCUCGGUCCUUCUGGCCACUGUGGGCUGUCCAGCAGAAUCAGUCCUGGCGUCAGCUCGAGCCGGCUGUCCCGCGCAGGAAGCUCGCUGGAUCACAAUAGCGAUCCUCGACAUCAUUACCGAGAUCGCCAUCUGUGUCUUCCCAAUUGCACUCGUCUGGCGUGUCAACAUGAGAGUCUCACUCAAGUUUCAGGUCGUCGCCGCCUUCAUGUUCCGUAUCCCGCUCGUCCCGCUCGCCAUUGUGCGGUUAUAUCUCCUCAAUGCCAAUGCCGGCUCGACGGAGCCGCUCUUCGCCGCUACCGAUGUCGUAUCUGUCAACCAAGUCAUCCUCUGCUGGUCCAUCAUCUCAGCCAACAUCCCAAACCUCAAGCAAUUCCUCAAGUCGUUCUUCACGGGUCUUGGGUAUCCCCUGAAUCUCGACGGCACGACUUCGGGCGGCAUGUACGACAACUCUCGCGGCAAUUCGUAUGCCAUGCGCUCUCUGAAACGCUCAGGCGGACGAUCAGGCGGCGUAUCAGCCACGACGACACGCAUAACCAUGGGCGGCGCAGACCAAGACGAUGGACACCACGGCCCGGACAGAACAAUGUCUCUACGACCCGCCGACCACGAGCACAAGGCACACGUACAGCUGCACCGCAAAGAGAGCGGCGCUCGUUAUGGCAGCAGCCGCAGCACCGGAGAGGGAUCCGACAACGACGGGCAUAGCAGGACUGGCAGCCAGGAGAUGAUCAUUCGCAGGGAGGUCGAGUGGCAGGUGACCCACGAGGACCGCAUGUAGAUUGGUUAGAUGGACUAGAACUUUUGCACGUUGCAGCAUAGACAGGUACAUUGAUGGUGUGUUUAAUAUCUGCUUUUCUCAACGUCCUGACAGGCAGCAUUGGCAUCAUCCAAGCGCUUGCACAUCCGAGCCUCUGCACCUCUAAGCUGCUGCACUUCGGAGCAUUUGUUUGGCCAUCUGAGGCAGCAGGGAUGGAUCGGUGCGGAUGCUUGCCACAACAUAUCGAGUGUGGAUCUCAUGCACCACACGGCAUGGCCUGAUCAAUAAUCAACAGCCUCUCUGUGUGUCGGAGAUAUGCUCAUGAACGCCGAUGCUUAGCGAGAAAAGCAAGUUCGUACAUGGAGACUCUCAGAUGCUGGGACACUUCACGUGCCAGAGG